AAGCCAGAAGGGGAGGGCGAGAUUGUCGUUGAUGUCACAGAGUGACUCGGUCAUGGGAGUAAAAAUUUCAAUCGGUACCUAGCUGUGCAGUAUCUGAUCACAGCACAUACUCUCCGGGGUUCCAGAAGCGCCAUUCCCACUCAGCCGCCCAGGAGAGCUACAUGUACACGAGCACAGUACGUCCAACAAUUCCAUGGUACAUCCUAAUCACGAGCUUUCCAAUGGUAGUCAGUUCUAAUUCAUCUGCCUCAUUAAGCAACUCAUUAUUGAAAUUGAGGUACCGGCUCAUUGGCAAACUCUCUAUGGUGCCUUACAUGUACUUAGACGAUCCAGUGGAAGGUUGGGACCGUCAUGGUUCUGGCCAAAUGGCGAUGGGCUGUGUCGCCCUCUUGAUUCAUUCCUCCUCGGAGACGCCUGAGUCUGGCGAAACACAGCGUACAUGUCCUCAAGGACCGAUGGGUCAGUCUGGAAUCAGAUUCCAGCUUCCUGCCUUCUCUAUCACCGAUAACUAUGGCACAAUCAAUCAAAACCGAAAGAUUGGUGCCUUUAAUCUGCAAACUGGAGACAAGGACUGCGGAUGUCGUAUUCCUUGACACCUAAUGUGGGCCAAGAAGCAAUAAACAUGCCCUUACGGGCUGGGGCUGAUGACAGCGAGUAGCCGCGCUCAAAUGAUACGUCCGGUAACAGGUUGAUACUCACCUUAAGGUAUCAAGGUACCCAGGAGGCAAGCCUCACAUCCCUUCCGCUUCGAGGGUGAGUGUCAACUUCGCUCAACAGGCUCAUUGGCAACUCUAUGGGCACCCACCUCUUUGUCAAUCCCCGAAAUUCGUGUACGCCAAGACAGCCUCCAGUUCCAAC